AAGUGUUUUUUCUCAAUUUUUUAUACACGAAGUAUACAAAUAUGCUCAAUAAAAUGUUGCAAUAUUUUCACCUGGAGAAUUGUCAUCUUUUAAAUUCUGUCCAAAAAAGUCUUGUGACGUGGACCGUUAAUUUGCAAUACAUAUAUGUAUGUAUGUAUGUACAAAAACUUUUUAUGCGAUAAUCGCGAAAAAAAUUUCGUUAAGCAUAUUUUUAAUAUUUUGGAGUCAUUUUAAUGAUAAUGUAAUUAGGUUUUUGUGCAUAUUUUUGUCUUCCCUAAUCACCAAUCCACUGACUGAUGCAAUACCAACGCGUCAUUGUGAAAUUAUAUUUUAAGUAAAAAAUUUUAAAAGUUAUUAAUAAUAUAGAAUCAUUGGAAUAAACGGUCAGUUAGUCAGUGAAAGAAGCUGAAUACACAAGCUGUGUCUCGGGGUAGGCUAUUGUAUUUUUAAAAACGUUUUCCGUUGCUUAUGUUGGUGUUCGAACGACAAUAUUUAGUUGAUCUCGAUCUCCUUUUGUUUUCCCGGUUGAAGUUUGCGUGACUGCCGGCUGUGCCAAUCUAUGUAUAUCGUGUUUAACCAACUCAAAUUCAAUACUUUAUACGAUUGAAAUAAAGUUGUAUAAGUUGUGUAAACAUAAAUUUCGAGACCUCUUAUUUAAAAUUAAAAAUGUUUCGUAAGUUGCUCGCGACGCGUUAAGCUUGCCAUAAUACGGAUGCUCCCAGGUCCAAGGGAUGCGGCCUACUACUCGCAAAUCAUUCCAACAUCCAACUAGUGCACGCCUACGUUCGCCCCGCUAACACCCUUUGCGACAACGCCUGCUUGUAGCUGUCGGCCAAUCCACCAGCCACCUGACAAUACGCCAAUCGCCUGCCAGUGCACGAGCCGCCUGCCGAUUGAUCAGCCUUCCAGCCGCCUGCAAAUCCACUGGAUGUCCAUAAAUUCACUAGCCGCCUACAUCCUGUCCAUCCUCACGACCUCCAGUCACCAGACUUCUAUCUGAGUGCAGCAUCAACGAAAAGUACAGCCAAAACGGCUGUAAAUGGAAUUCAAUAGAAAAAUCUAUAGUCCAUUUUCUGGGUGUAAUAAAGCACGCUACGUUUGACACUGCGAUUUUUCUACUGACACGCUGCCUACAAGCGAUCAUAUUUAAUAAACUGUGUAAGUAUGUACAUAUUUUGUAUUGCAAUUGAUCGCUAGCGUGGAAAACAUGUACUACAUAUUUACGAACAAAAUAUCGCAUUCGCUAUGUACACACAUCCAUAUUUUUAUCGCGACAAGUUUAUCUGUGAAGCUUUAAUGUGUGUAUAUGUAUGUAUAUAUUUCUAAUAUCUAAUCAAAAACACAAUUCACUUGUAAUAUUUCUGUACUCGGGAAAUCAUCCAGGCAGUGUCUACAGCAUUUAAAACUAUUUCUAACGUAAACGAAGUCGUGAAAAAAAAAACGAAAAUGACCACGCCCACGCUAGAUAUACGCCCACUAACACCUGCGCUACAACGAAAAGCAAUUGCCGAAUUAAAUGAGGUGCCCGAACGUCGGGCCGUGGACAUCGCUGCAUUGAGAGAAUGGUUGCUAAGGCAACCACAUUUGAAGUGCCGCACGAGCGAUCAAUUUCUUGUAAGCUUCCUGCGUGGCUGCAAAUUUAGUCUGGAGAAGGCGAAACGAAAACUGGACCAAUACUAUACUUUGCGUACGGCGAUGCCCGAUUUGAAUCAACACAACUUUGUGGAUGAUCAACGGCUGCGCGCUAUUAUACGUUUGGGCGUUACGCUUUACUUGCCGCUACCGCUAAUG